UAAUGUGAGCGGAGCCUCUGUGACCGAGGUUAACAGGAUUCUCAACCGUGGUUAGCUCAACUAAACACCCGCAGCAUCUCAGUGUCACCGUCCUUAUGUUUGGCGAGUUGCGCGGCUCUUGUACGUUCCUGUGUUCAUUCCGCUGUUUCAAUAGCUCUGUCCAGAUUCGGUGAGGCGCAGAAGUGUAGAUUAUCUAAGUAGGUAUCCCUCGACACCAAUAACUGCCGAUUUGGUGCAGUGUGUGAGCAGUUUUUGAUCUCUGAAGGUUAGGCUUGUGGUUCGUGGGAAGGAGAGCGAGAGGAGCAAUGGCUGCAGCGUUGUGUAUAGGGCAGGCGGCGGCGUCAGCAAUGCCGAGUGCUGGCUACGAGUAUCGUCCAGAUGCGUCAGGAGGUGCUGCGUCUGGAAAAUCCGGAUUCGGAGGAAGUGAGCAGGUGCCGGUGAAUGUCGCCCGCAAGGGUUUCUUUUGCCCGCCUUGCAUCACUCGCUUUCCACCGAAUUUUGUACGCCAGUCGAGUAUCAAGGCGCGUCGCAACUGCAGCAACAUUGGUGUGGCGCAGGUCGUAGCUGCCUCUGCGACGGAUCGUAGCAAUCCUGCUGCUGUUGCGGCGGCGCUGACGUCAUCGACUCAGGCGGAGCUCGCGAAUAUUGGAAACGGCAGUGCCGUUGUUUCUGCAGAUGCAAAUGAGGCUCUUCUUGAGUCUGGCACCUCUCUUGCUAGUGCAGGAGCUUCAGAGACUGAGAAGCCCAGGCGGAGCAAAUCAAGCACGCUGGCUGUUCAUGGUGGUGAGAGAACUAGGCGUCCGAAGGUGCAAGAUACCUUGACAAUACCAAUUUGUCAGACAUCCACUUAUACGUUUAAAGAUACAGCUGAGUUGAUUGCAUUUCAGGAAGGAACGUUCACUAGUUUCGAGUAUGGGCGGUAUGGCAACCCAACAACUAAUGCCGUGGAAGAGAAAAUCAGUGCUUUGGAAGGGGCUGAGACGACAUUGUUGUCUGCUUCAGGCAUGUGUGCAGCUACCACUAUGCUUCUAGCACUGGUUCCUGCCGGUGGACACAUCGUAACCACCACUGAUUGUUAUCGAAGGACUCGCCAAUUUAUUCAGACCGUGCUUCCCAAAAUGGGUAUCACGACAACUGUGAUCGAUCCUGCGGACAUUUCUGCUCUUCAGCAUGCACUGGAGCAAAACAAAGUGUCAAUAUUCUUUUCUGAGUCGCCCACUAAUCCUUACCUAAGGUGUAUCGAUAUUGAAUUAGUAUCCAAACUGUGUCACGAGCACGGUGCUCUCGUCUGCAUUGAUGGUACUUUUGCGACGCCUGUAAAUCAACAGGCAUUAGCUCUGGGUGCCGACCUCGUACUUCACUCUGCGACGAAGUACCUCGCCGGGCACAACGAUGUACUGGCAGGAAGUCUCAGCGGGUCCAAACAAUGCCUUUCUGCUGUGCGAGCUCUGCACAAUAUUCUCGGAGGUGUUGUAGACCCAAAUGCUGCAUACCUAAUUUUGCGUGGAUUGAAGACUUUAGAUCUUCGAGUCAAGCAACAGAACAAAACAGCAUAUUUGCUAGCACAGAAUCUAGAAGCUCACCCUAAGGUGGCACGUGUACAUUAUCCUGGAUUAGAAAGUCAUCCAGAACAUCAGAUUGCGAAGCGACAGAUGACUGGCUUUGGCGGUGUCAUUAGUUUUGAGAUAGAUGGAGAUCUGGAAACAACAUCAAAAUUUAUUGAUGGCCUCAGAAUCCCUUACAUUGCGCCUUCCCUUGGUGGAGUAGAAAGUCUGGUUGAACAACCAACCAUCAUAUCUUACUGGGACCAAAGCCCAGCUGAGAGAGCACGUAUUGGAAUCAAGGACAAUUUGGUUCGCUUUAGCUGUGGCGUUGAGGACUAUGAAGACAUUCUCAAUGAUGUUAUGCAGUCAUUAGACGCCUUGUAAUACACUGCGUACUUCUUGAUUUCGUGCCUUGGAAUAGCGUACACGUUCUCGUUUUACGAGAUAGAUCUUAGUGCACUUCGACUUAGUCGUUUUAACAGCGACUUGUAACAUUGCCGUUGACGGGCCAUCUUUACACUUGGUAACAUGCUGAGCUCAUAUUUUGUUCUUGCGA